UUUCAGCAAGGAGGACUGAGCCAGCUCAGGUUGGUUCUAGCUGGUGCUGGUGAUGAAGCUGAGGCGGAGGGUGGGAACGGUUUGGUAUCAUCGUCGUCAACCCCGAUGGGCCGACGGAUGCUGUAUUGUCGUAUACAAUGUUCGUGUGUUCAUCGCGACCGGCGCUAUGGUUCUGGCUCCUCUCAUCCCUCUUGCCACGCAUGAAAUCCGCCCAGUCAUUGGGCUCGUUGUAUGGGUCGUGGUGUAUGGUGCGCCAGAGUGGCGUUCGUUCCUCCGACGCCUUCCUAUCAUCAUAGCGGGGCUUGCCAAGGAGGGUCAAGGGUCGGCGCGUCGUCUGGAGCCUCUCCUGGAAUAUAUGGAUCAUCAUUCGAGAUCGAGAGUGUACGCCGGUGCACAUCGAAUGGAUGGAUAGGUGGCGUGUCGCUCGUUAGGAUAUCAAUCUCGUUCCUCCAGGCCGUCACCUGUUCGACGACCCUCAGAUGGUUUCCCUGCUACCCAUGAGUUCCCAAGUUUCUGUACCACCGGCUCAUUUAGCGGAGUCCCCAUGGCCAUAUUCCUAAAGGCUACAGUGUUUUCCAUUCCGAAGACGCUGAUCUGCGAUGUGGCGAUUAGUAGAAACUCCUCCAUAUUUGCGAUCGUGG